GAGGAGAAGAACAUUUCUCUGUUUGCCGUGCUACCAGACAUACAUGAUCCUCCCUGUCUUCAAAUGCGUCUUCUAAAACUCCGACACUCCCUCCUGCUCUGCAAUAACCUGCCAUUCACCUGAACCUCCCCGCCCACCUCCUCACCUGAUCUUCUGGUUUUGACCCCAGCCGACCUUUGAACUGAGUUGUGUAAAAUGUCCAGUGGGAACAAAGCGGUGGAGUUUCAGCUGCAGCUGAGACAGAAUCAGGAGGAUCUGACCAGCUUCAUGAGGGAUCUGGGGAGCUGGGAGACAGAUAUCAAGAAGAAGGACGAGGAGCUGAGGACAGGAGGACUAAAGGAGGACCAGAAUAAGCUCCCACCUGUGCGCAACAAAGACUACAAAACCAAGAUGAGGGAAAGGAGGAAGAAGGAGCCAACAGGCAACGGUGACGCAAAGGCAGAGGAGUCCAAGGAAGCCUCAAGGAUAAAAGCAUACGACUAUAAAUCAUGGGACAAGUUUGAUGUGGACAAGGCUCUGGCAGAGAUGGAUAAGGAGGAAAGUCCUGCAGAGUCAAAUGAGUCAGACUCCGAGGAAGCUGCAGGUAAUCAGGAGAACGCGCUGGCUGAGAAAGAUAAGGGUAACACGUUUUUCAAAGAUGGGAAGUACGACGAUGCCAUUGAGUGCUACACCAGAGGGAUGUGUGCAGAUCCCUACAACCCUGUGCUGCCCACAAACCGAGCCACCUCCUUCUUCAGACUCAAAAAGUAUGCUGUGGCAGAGUCCGACUGCAACUUGGCGAUAGCGCUGGACAGCAACUACUUCAAAGCGUACGCGAGAAGAGGAGCAGCACGGUUUGCACUGAAAAAAUAUGAAUCUGCGUUAGAAGAUUAUGAGACUGUUCUCAAGCUUGACCCCGGGAACGCGGAAGCACAGACUGAAGUGGCAAAAAUCAAAGAGGUUCUCGGACAUCAGGCACGGGCCGCCCCGAGUGAAGCGACGCAGCCACCGGAGGCUCCCACAGCCGACCCUGAGCAGCAGAGAUUGAUGGAGGAGCAGCAGAGACUGAUGGAGGAACAGCAGAGACGACAGGAGGCGGCUGUACAAAAAGACAGAGGGAAUGCUUAUUUCAAAGAGGGGAAGUACGAAGCGGCUGUUGAGUGCUACAGCAGAGGAAUGGAGGCAGACUGUAUGAACGUCCUGCUGCCGGCCAACAGAGCCAUGGCCUUCCUCAAGCUGGAGAAGUAUAAGGAGGCAGAGGAGGACUGCACCAAAGCCAUUUCUCUGGACGGUUCUUACUCCAAGGCUCUCGCCCGUCGCGCCACCGCCAGAGUGGCUUUAGGGAAACUGGAGGAAGCCAAACAAGAUUUCCAGGAGGUGUUGAAACUGGAACCCGGGAACAAGCAGGCCCUGAACGAGCUCCAGAAACUCCAGAUUGACGUGGCUUCCAGCGGCCUUCUUCAGACACCAGACGGCACACGGAGGAGAACAGUUCAGCCGGUAGAUAAACCAACACAUCUGCAGUCAACCAAACCUCUGAGGAGGAUCGAUAUCGAGGAAGUGAGUGGAAAGGUGACGGUGUCCGAGGUGGAGUCCGAGUUCUUCGUCCAGGAGGUGACGAGGGAGGCUGAGGACGAAUCCUCUCCGCUGUCGACGUCACCCAGCGCCAAGAUGAUCAAGAUCGAGGAGAUAGCAGAAGUGCCCUCGCUCUCAUCUGACCAAGUUCCUGCUAGCAGACAGACCAAACAACCAGCGCAGCAGGAAGUCGCUCAUCCUCCUCCUGCACCGUCAGCCAGCUCCUCCUCGACAGCAGUAGACCUGCCUCCUCCACCCACCAGCAGCUUCCAGCUGGAGGCCGACCUCCGCAAGAUCGGACACCAGCCGGAAGUGAUUUACAGAUAUCUGAGGCAAAUCAAACCCGAGGCGUACGCAAACAUUUUCCACAACUCCCUUGAACCUGACAUUCUCAAUCAGAUCCUGAGGACACUGCAUGGUUUCUAUAUCAAGAACGAAGCCCCGGCCGUCAUGCAUGAGAUCCUCAGGAGCCUAGCGAGCGUGAGGCGCUUCGACAUGGCCGUCAUGUUCCUGUCGUCCCCGGAGAAGAAAGUGCUUAAAGAACUGUUUGACUUCCUUCACCAAGCUGAGCUGGAGGGAUCGUCUGUCGCAGCUUUACAGAAGAAGUACGGUGUGUGAUGCUGCAACUUCUACAGACUUUAAACACACAGUAUUUUCAAAGCCAACUAAACAACGUAGUUAUAUUCUAAAUUACUGAAUAAACUUUAGGUUUUUAUAUCAU